AUGAUCCAGACGGCAUCGCUAUCUCUUCAAGAGAAGCAGCGUGAAAAUCUGCUGCGCAUGCUCGACUUUAAUUCAGAAAGCACCAACAGCUUCGCAGAUACGGCUCAGGACUCUAUUGAGCGCUGGGGUGACCAAUGGAAAGUUCUCAUCUACGAUCGAUUUUGCCGUGACAUCAUUUCACCGAUCCUUAAACUGCACGAGCUUCGUAAAAAAGGCGUGACAUUGCACAUGUUGCUCGACACAGAACGAGACUCAAUACCUGACGUUCCAGCCAUCUAUUUUGUGGAACCUACGCGUACGAAUUUAGAGCGUAUCGUUUCAGAUUGCACAAAGGAGCUCUAUAGUUCGGUGCACCUUAAUUUUGCCUACCCAUUGAGUCGAGAAUCACUCGAAUUUCUCGCUCGUGCUUCGGUAGAAGCUCAAUGUACUAGUAUGAUUGCCAAGGUUUACGAUCAGUACACGAACUUUGUGUCGCUGGAACCAACUUUGUUUUCGUUAAAUUUGUCGGAAAGCUACCGAGCGUAUAACGAUCCGAAUGUGGCGGAUGUGCAGAUUGAAGAGACGAUGAAUGUCAUCGUUAAAGGGCUUUUUUCCGUCUUAGUGACGUUGGGAAGCAUACCAGUGAUUCGUUCUCCUAAUAAUGAUGGACCCUCGAGAAUGGUAGCAGAACAGCUAAGCUCCAUGAUUCGCGACCACUUGAAUUUACGGAAUGGUGUAUUUACUGAGAGCACCUCGAAUUUCCAGCGUCCACUGCUUAUUAUUAUGGACCGAAAUGAAGAUAUCGCUUCCGGUUUACAUCAUCCGUCAACAUAUCAGGCGCUAGUUGAUGACAUUCUAUCCAUCCAAAUGAAUCGCGUCAAAGUAUCUGUUAAGUCUGUUAGUGGCGAUGACGGUGGGAAUGCUGGACGAACUACAGAACGCACUUACGACUUGGAUGUGACGGGUGACAAAUUUUUUGAAAGGCAUGCCGGCAGCCUUUUCCCCGAUGCUAUUGAUGCCAAUGAAGAAGAAAUGAAACAGGUUACGCGAAAAGAAGAACAAAUUCGAGCACAGACAGGUGGUAAUGAUGCAUUUAUAAAUGGCACAAAAGAUCUGGUUGCUGCAGUGGACACACUUCCAGCACUAGUGGAGAAGAAGAAAAUGCUUGAAGUGCAUACCAAUAUAUUCCAUGCAGCAUUUGAUGGGGUGACAAAGCGCCAUAUACCAUCAUAUUCAAUGCUGGAGCAGAAAUUAAUUGAUGGGUUGCACGUUGACAAGGCUGAAGUGUUACAACUGUUGUCGAGUACCCAAAUGGGUACGUUAGCUGAUAAAAUGCGCUUGUUGAUCAUCUACUUUCUAUCAAGUGGAGUCAGUGGUACGGAGCUUGCUGAGUUCGAAAACGCUUAUAAGCAGUGCGCUGCAGCGUCGGAACAACCAGAGGCAUAUAUGCAAGCAUGGAAAUUUCUUCGAAAGCACUCAGCAUUUCAGCGACGUGCGAGUGUCGGAGCAAGUUUGCAGUCUGAGAGCGGUACUGGACCCGAUGGUGGUGUCAAUAUGAGUAGGUUUAAGGGUCUUGCACAAGGGUUUCUCGCUCAAGCUACUGCAAGCUUUAAGAAUUUUAUGCCCGAAAACAAGAAGCUGCACGUCACUCGUGUCACGGAUGCCUUAAGUGAGAUGAAGCCGAACAGUGAAGAUGACAGAUUUCUCUAUUUAGAUCCAAAGAUAAAAGCGAGCGGUGACGUGCCACGACAGCGAACUCCUUUUCGUGAAGUCAUGGUAUUCAUGAUUGGUGGCGGGAAUUACAAUGAAUAUCAUAACUUAAUGGCCUACGCCAAGGGACAGCAACCACCGCGAUCGAUUUGGUAUGGAUGCACGGAGGUGUUGAAUCCUGAAGCGUUUUUGCACCAACUCGGCUCGAUCGGCAUUUAG